CCGCGGAGUUACUUCCCUCCAUAAAAAAAGCGAAUAAUGGUUGGCCGAAGUUGCGGAAACAGCAGUAGGCGAUGGAUUGCGGAAUGAUAUCAGUUGACCGGUGGGGGAGCGGAAGUCAAGCGUACUUCCUCACCCACCUCCACGCCGACCACACCCAGGGCCUCUCUCCCUCUUGGCGGCGGGGCCCGCUCUUCUGCUCCCGCGUCUCCGCCAAGCUCUUCCCUUCCAAGUUCUCUGGCUUCGACCUUUCCCUCCUCCGCGUCGUUGAUAUCGGCACCUGGUACCCCCUCUCCCUCGUGUCCCCUUCAUCCAGCUCCUUCUCCACUGUUAACUUCUUGGCCAUCGACGCUUAUCACUGCCCCGGAGCAGUCAUGUAUCUGUUUCGUGGUGAAUUUGGAUGUAUGCUUUACACGGGUGAUUUUCGUUGGGAAGAAACAAGUGAUAGAGCACUUAUAGGAAGGGAAAUGUUACUUAAUGCUCUGAAGGAUGUAAAACUUGAUUACCUAUACUUAGAUAAUACCUAUUGUAAUCCAGCAUAUACCUUUCCUUCUCGUGAAGUGGCUGCUAAGCAGGUGUUGAAUAUCAUUGCCUCUUAUCCAGAGCAUGACAUUGUUAUUGCUAUUGACUCUCUGGGGAAAGAAAACCUUUUGGUAUACAUAUCUCGUGCACUUAAGGUAAAGAUAUGGGUGUGGCCGGAACGCCUGCGAACCAUGCAUCUCCUCGGUUUCCAUGACAUUUUCACAACCAAAACUUCUCUUACUAGAGUCCGUGCAGUCCCCCGUUACAGUUUUAGUAUAGAGACUUUAGAAUGCCUGAAUAUGAUACGCCCCACCAUCGGAAUUAUGCCAUCUGGACUUCCAUGGGUAUUGAAAACCAAUAAGGGAAAGCCCAAUCCUUUUGGUCCAGAUAGAUACCAUCAGUACAUAUACACUGUUCCAUACUCUGACCAUUCUUGUUAUCCCGAAAUACAAGACUUUGUGAAACUUUUAACUCCAGUUAAUAUUGAAGGCAUCGUCACUUCUGCCACUUCUUACAUUAACAACCCCUUGUACUACUUUGGACAUCUUUGUGGGACACAGCAUACACCACAGGUGGUAUCACACCAGCAGCUAGAAACCACAAGAAGUGGCAAUUCCAAGUUAAAAAGGAAGAGUGUUAUUAAAAAGUUGCAGCAGAGGGGGGGUCGGGUGUGUAGGGCUAGCAUACUAAGGAGAGUGCGGCGAGGGGUAAAGGUUCUUGAAUCAGAAGAUAGUUUUGUUUAAUUUGUGUCUAUUACUCUAUUAUGUAUGUGUGUGUGGUAAUCUACAAUAAUUAGGUUCCAGUAGUUUGAUUGUCUAUCAUUAUUACAUGCACUGUUUUCGCGUAUUUGCUCUUGCGUUCGUUAUAACCGCAUAUUAAUUUCAAUAAUUUGACUUACACUAUUUACAUACUCCCCUGUCUCAUUCCAACUUUCCAAG